GCUACAACAAGGUGGCAGCACGUACAGCCGACAACAACAUCUGCAACAUUUGCUGCGAAAGAAGCCGCGUUUUUGCUUGUUUUGCGAAAUAAUUAAAGAAAACACAACAUGUUCGAUGUGGAGCCAAUCAUUGCGGACCACAAGGAUGUCAUACAUGAUGUAGUGUUCGAUUACUAUGGACGCCGCAUGGCCACUUGCUCCAGCGAUCAAACCGUAAAGAUAUGGGACGAAGACGAGCAGGGCAAGUGGUCUGUGACAAGCAGCUGGAAAGCGCAUUCCGGUUCCAUUUGGCGUGUGUCCUGGGCAAAUCCCGAGUUUGGUCAGGUCAUAGCUACCUGCUCUUUCGAUCGCACUGCCUCCGUUUGGGAGGAAAUCAUGGGUGAAAAGGCAUCCACAACGAAUGCACCGACACGACGCUGGGUGCGUCGCACAACGCUCGUCGAUUCACGCACAAGCGUUACGGAUGUGGAGUUUGCGCCAAAAUAUCUGGGCCUGCUGCUGGCCACCGCCUCCGCAGACGGCAUCAUCCGCAUCUACGAGGCGCCGGAUAUCAUGAAUUUGUCACAGUGGCCCGUGCAGCAUGAAAUAUCAAAUAAAUUGUCGCUCAGCUGCCUGUCAUGGAACACAUCUACAUAUAUGGUGACCCAGUUGCUUGCGGCCGGCAGCGAUGAGUCUGCCACGCCCACGGGCAAAGUGUUUAUAUUUGCGUAUAGCGAAAAUGCGCGCAAAUGUGUAAAAAUCGAGACUGUCAAUGAUAUAACCGAUCCCGUGACGGAUGUGGCAUUUGCACCGAACGCUGGACGCACAUUUCACAUGCUCGCCGUUGCCAGCAAGGAUCUCUACAUAGUGAACAUACGCGGCGUCACCGAUUCGACGGGCAAUGCCAAAUUGGAGCUGCAAACGCAUAAGUUUAGCGAGCACAACUGCCCCGUUUGGCGUGUCUGCUGGAACAUGCUGGCCACUAUGCUAAUCUCCACCGGUGACGAUGGUUGCGUGCGCAUUUGGCGCAUGAACUACACACGUCAAUGGAUAUGCGCCGCUGUGCUCAAAGCCGAGGGCAGCGGACCCACAUAUGAGCCAAAUCCGGCGACGCCGGCGCUGGCAACAACCGCCGCGGCCACGGCAAAGUUCUACAAAAAAGGCACCAUUGGCAACCAGGUGCCAUGGCACUAAGAUAUCUAUAUAUAAGAAGUAUGUGUACAUGUUUAUGUGUGGAAAUUGUUGCCCAAUGUUAAAAAAUAUAUAUAAUAGAAAGAGA